AUGGCAUCAAAGUUACCAUUAGAUGUUCUCCAAAUAAUAUUCACAUUCAUUCGUAAAAGUGAAAAAAAGAAACUUAAAGCUAUAGGAAAUUUGCAUUCUUGUCUAUUAGUCAACCGACAAUGGUGUGAAGCAACAAUACCAUUAUUAUGGCGUAAUUCAUUUUAUUAUUUCGAAAAAGGCAAUGAAAAACUAAUUGACGUUUACAUAUCAUGUUUUAAUGAAAAGGAACUGGAUAAUUGGUGUGGUAAAUUGAUAAAACCACCAUACAAUGUAAUUUCAUUAAUGAUCAAAGCUCUGUUAAGAUUGUUUUUGACUCAUUCAGCUGUUUUAAUACAUUUGGUGAUUGGUGAAUGGACUUCGAGGAAAUCUUCUGAUUUUAUAUAUUUAAAAUUUACUGAGAAAGAAUUCGAGUAUUUGUUUGAACCUAUAAGAAAAUUAGAAAUUCAAGGUGAAUUUGUUAAAGACCGUUUAUUGACGGGCUUGAAAGAACCAUGUAAAAAUAUUGAAAAAUUAUUUGUAUAUAUAAAAGAUGUUCCACCAAACUAUGAGGAGGAAUUGCACUCAUUACAACAAUUUGUCAAAGAACAACAUUGUUUAAAAUCAUUAAAAGUAGCCAAUGUUGCAUCGAAUUUUCUUUUUCCAACAAUAGCCACACAAGCCAAUACUUUACGUUGUUUAUAUUUGUGGGGAUUAAAUUUCACAAACACGGACGAUUACAUAAUACCAUGGCAUUUAUUAUUAAGGUUUAAAAAUUUAGAAAAAUUAAAAUUUCGUAAUUGUAUUGGAUUUGAUCAACACAUGAAAGAUUCAUUAAUCAAUGGUGACGUCAAAGAAAUGGUGGUGGUUGAGAGGGAUAAGAGUGGGAAUAUAAAUGAAAAUUUGAUUGUGAAUAGGAGUGGGAGUGAAUAUUAUAAUAAAAGUAUUAUAAAUAGGAUGGAUAUAUCCAAUAAUAAUAAAAUUUAUAAUAAUUAUUAUUGUUGCAAUGGUAGUGGAUAUAAUUAUAACAAUCAUGAUGAUGUUAAUAAUCAACAAGUUUUUAAAAAUUUAAAAAUGAUUGCAAUAGUCGGACAAUGUAAAACGUUGAAUAAUGAAUAUAUAUUUGAAGAUGAUAUUAAAGAAUUAAUUGAUUGGGGUGUUGGACAAGGUGCUGUUGUAUUUCUUGGACACUUUUAUAGUGCAGAUGCAUUUUUUAAAGUUGGUAGAACAAUAGAAAGCAAAAUCUUUACUAAUUUGGGAGUGCUCUGA